GAGCCCUCCCGUCGGAGUAGUUCGGCGCCGGCGCAGGCGCAAGCCAGCAAGAUGGCGGCGGCUGGAGCAGGCCGUCUGCGGCGAGCGGCAUCGGCCCUGCUGCUCCGGAGCCCGCGCCUGCCUGCCCGGGAGCUGUCAGCUCCGGCUCGGCUCUAUCACAAGAAGGUUGUGGAUCAUUAUGAAAAUCCUAGAAAUGUGGGGUCCCUUGACAAGACAUCAAAAAACGUUGGAACUGGAUUGGUGGGUGCGCCAGCGUGUGGUGAUGUUAUGAAAUUACAGAUUCAAGUGGAUGAAAAGGGGAAGAUCGUGGACGCCAGGUUUAAAACAUUUGGCUGCGGUUCUGCAAUCGCCUCCAGCUCAUUAGCCACUGAGUGGGUGAAAGGAAAGACGGUGGAAGAGGCCCUGACCAUCAAAAACACAGACAUCGCCAAGGAGCUCUGCCUUCCCCCCGUGAAGCUGCACUGCUCCAGUGAGUCUGCUCUCCACUGCACAGCAGGGACAUGUGGCACUCAUUUCAACUCGCGUUUGGGACAGAGUCCUUUGCUGGCCGAAGACGCCAUCAAGGCCGCCCUGGCCGAUUACAAACUGAAACAGGAUCCCAAGAAAGGAGAGGCAGAGCAGUGAGCCUCGGUGCCGCUCCAGAGACGUCCACCCACCGCCAUGCACGUACUGGAGACGUCCAGAAGCUUCCCAGGCCGCAGGAAAGCCGCACAGCAUUUGCCGUUCACAGUGUGACUGAGGCAAGCAAAAUACACCCUUUAACCGUUCUGAGUCCUGUGGUUUCUUUCAGCUCGCUCGUGUUGCCUUAGCGCUCAGUGUGUGCUUUGAACUGUGUGUGGCCGCAGGACCGAGCUCAGCAGCGCAGUCUUAGGUUCUGACGCCUGUGCUGUGCAUCAAGACUUAAUUGUAUCUAAAUCUAUUUUGGGGACAAUUUACCCAUGGAAUGCCUUGGUCUGACUGUUUGGUAGAGCUGACUGUACAUAAAGCAGAUCUGUAGCUAUGCAGCCAUGUGUGCACUUAUGUAUGUGUAUAUAAAACAAAUAAACAAUGCAGGACGAUG